CACCACCACCGAUUAGAACAACAACAGCAACAUCAAAAAACUAUAAAUACAAGAAUAACUACAAUAAUUUCAAUGACAAGGAUAUAAACAACAUACAAAAAAACCAAACAAAAAACAGCCCAACUAUUUGGAAAUGUAUUAAGAAGGUAUAAAGAUCAAAAUGUCGGAAUCUAUGCAAGAAAUAUAAAUAGCAGCAACUGAAGCAGCAGCAGCAGCAGCAGUCGCGAAAGAAGCGGAAACGGUGGAGGAGAAAGAGAUGACUCAGAUAACGGUUAUGGUGCCUAUCGAAUAAGUAUUGGUGAUGAUGUUACAAGUGAUGGUUGUAGUAAUAAAUGUACUGAGGUGUGAAGAAUAUAUUGCAGCGAUAGAAGGAAAGGAGAAGAGAAAUAAAGCUACAAUCACAACAAAAGAUUUGCAUAGCACCGAUGUUGUUCAGCCUUAAUUGCUCCUGAGCGAAACCAUAUUUCCUUGUUCACCAGUCGAUCGACCAAUAGGAUCUGUCAGCUGUUGAUUUCAUCAAAUACACGAUUUGUUAAUUUGCAAAAACACGCAGAUUUUGUUUACUUCAACAAUUUCGUAAACCGCAGGAGUCAGUUAGAGAAUAAUCUCACCAAGGGGAGAUUAUUGCCAAAAGCAACAUAAGCAAAAAAACAACAAAAAAAAAACAAACAAUCAAAUAAAAACAAAGCAAAACAAAAGGAAAUAUGUUUGCCCUUCAUAUAAUGUGGUGUUUGUUUAAUACUCUUCUAAUAACACAUCCAGCAAGAGGGCAGGUCAACCUUACUAUGAAAAGCAAUCACGUUUCCAGAUCUUUGCUGAUACAAGUUAUGUUGCGAGAACAAGUCUAUGAUAAACGUCUGCCGCCAAACUUCGAUAAAGAUCUUCCGACUCGAGUAAACGUUUCUUUGGACUUUAAUUCGUUCGACUCAAUUGAUGAAAUGAAUAUGGAAUUCGGUGUUAACCUCGUAGUCGAACAAGAAUGGAUUGACCAUCGACUUCAUUUCUAUAACCUGAUCGACAGUGAGGUACUUGAGUUGGACGUGAAAAUGAUGGACGAAUUAUGGGUCCCUGACAUCUAUAUCUCCAAUGAAAAAGUGGCCACCUUCCACACGGUCACCGUUCCUAACAAAAUGAUGCACCUUUACCAAAACGGAAAAAUUAUCUACAGAAACAGAAUAUCACUCAGAGCCUCAUGUCCCAUGCAACUUCAAAAAUACCCGAUGGAUCAGCAGAUUUGUUACCUUCAUUUGCAAAGCUUUGCUUAUACAGAAAAGAGGCUACAAUUCCAUUGGAACGACAACCAUGACAAAGCGCUGCAAAUGAUCAAAGCCGUCCACAUAAUGCCACAGUUUGAAAUCACUAAAUGGUCCAUAUGUGACUGCAAUAGCAUCAUGAAUAAUGAAGAAACAUUCUCCUGUCUAAGAGCUGAAUUUCAUUUGAAGAGAAAUAUGGGUUUCUACAUUCUCAACAUAUACUGUCCAUGUUCAUUGACCGUCUUGGUAUCAUGGUUUUCAUUUUGGCUAAACAUAGACGCUGUCCCAGCCCGCACAUCAUUGGGUGUUCUCACAGUGUUAACGAUGACCAGUCAAACGGCUGCAGCCGUCUCCGCUCUUCCCAAAGUUUCUUACAUCAAAGCUAUAGAUAUCUGGAUGGCUAUCUGUCUCAUAUUCGUCUUUCUCGCACUUCUAGAAUAUGCUGUGGUCAAUGUUUUGAAUCGCAGAGAGAUAAAACGGUAUUUAAGAAACCGUCCCUUGCAGAUGGACCCCGAGAAAGUUUCGCUAGCUGUUUUUCAGUCAAAUGGAUACUCGCAGACUGACUCUGCUAUCAUAUCUUACCAAAUUGAUCCUAACGGCAAGGAGCAUGCAAGAAAAGUGGACAAAUACUCCAGAAUUAUAUUUCCGCUGAUAUUUCUAUUAUUUUGCUUCAUUUACUGGACAUAUUAUCUAGGGGUAUGAUUGAUGAUUGAUGACUGAUAUGUCAUGACGAGUGGUUGUUCAUUUGGUGUUUUUAACAAAGUAAUUAAAAUGGGGGUAGGGUUGAAACGUUUUGGCGCCGCCUUUUAAGCUUCGCUAAUUCGACGUUGACUUAUUUAACAUCAGACAUGUUACUGUUUCUUCCAUUUUCAUGUUUCCAUCGCUCUCUUCCACCUCUUUCUCUCUCUCUGUUUAUAUGUGAACAUCUUGUUAUACUUGUAUGUAUAUGUAACGUCUCUCUCACUCUCUCUAUUUGUAAAUGUAUAUUUAAUGCGUAUGUGUUUGUGUGUGUGUGUGCGCGUUUACCUUCAGGGCCAAAUUGUACUGUCACUAAAAGAGCUUGAAUGUCCAUUCUGCCGUGCCAAAUCACCAGCGUCCAAACAGCAGCGCCCUAUCGUCUCAUUCCAUAAAAUGGGUGGUUUAAGUCGGCCGAAAUAAAUUUUAGAUUUUAAUGCUCGUAGAAUGUGGUGAGAUAAGCUUGAAUGCGCAGAAGUGUGAGCGUAAUGAUAGAGUGAGGUGUGCAGUUGAAUGAGGUGUAAAGUAAGCUGAGUCAACGAAUGAAGUUAGCAUUAAAGGUAAGCUGAGUCAACGAAUGAAGUUAGCAUUAAAGGUAAGCUGAUUGGUAGGAUUAGGUGAGCGAUAGAGUUGUGAGUGAAAGGGUUGGUGGCAGAGUGAAGUAAUGUGUGCUAGAAUGACCGGUUGUAUGGGUGAGUGUCUGUGAGGUAAAGGUGUGGUUGGUACCCUGUGCAGUGAUUUUGUAGGGAACUGAGCUACAGAAAAACAAAAAUGAGAUAAAUUGAAGUGUGAUAUGAUAAAAUGAGGUACGGUGAAGUGUUAUGUAGUAAAAUGAGAUAAGGUGAAGUGUGAUAUAGUAAAAUGAGUAUAGUUAAGUGUGAUAUACUGAUAUAAGAUACGGUCAGGAGUGAUUCAGUAAAGUGAGGUAGAGUGAGAGGGAGUAAAUGAGAUAAGGUAAGUGCACAUAUACUUGCGCAUGCAUGUGUAUAUAUAUUCACACACACAUACACACACACAAACACACAUACACACACACACAUAUACACAGUCAUGUUUAUAUGGAGAGGGAGUUAUAUAUAUAUAAAUAAGCAUAUACAUUAAAGUGGGAUAAAGCGUGGUGUAGCAAAUAAACUAUGACAAAACGAGGUAUGAUAAAUUAAGAUAAAAUAUAAUAUGGGAAAAUGGAACUUUGAGGAAACGAAGUAUAAUAAAUGGGGAAUGGGCAAGGAUGGUAUAGUCAAUAAGGCACGGUAAGGUGAGGUUAUGGCAAUGUGUGUAUGGCAUGACAGAAUGGUACGGUAUGCGAAAUAUGGUUAUUGUGGUAUAGGAAAUUCUGGUUUAAUAUGGGAGGCAUAAUAGAGCGUAGUAUGUUGGUGAAAUGAAAUGCAGUGAAGCAUGAUAUGGAAUUACAAUGAUAAGAUCUGGUCUAGAGAAAUCGCUGUGCAAGCUGUGCCGUGUUAUAUUUUGCGGUAUGAUUUUAGUUCCAUAAUUAGAUUCAGUUAUUGCUCAUUUAUACAAUUUAUGAACUAAUAUGCAUUGGUUUCCGAUAGGAAGAUAGAUAAAAAGAAAACAGGAAGGUAAUCUCGGUAUCGUAUCGAAAGCAAUAUUUUAACAAAAUUCAUGAUUGCGAUCAGUAUUGCUAUACCCUAAUCCUAUUUAAUGAAGGCAGAGUUACAGUAAUAUUAACACACACACACACAGACACACACGCGUGCACGCAUGCAUACGCAUACGCAUGUGCACACCCUUGUGCACACAAAUGCGCACACACAGAUACAAACAUGCGCGCGCACACACGUACAGACUCGUGUGCACUCACACUCACACUCACGUACAAACACAUUGACUGACUCACUCAAACAUACACAUGCAUACAAUAAAUAGAGAUACCGACUCACACAUACACAGGCACACGCACAUUCUGAUUCACUCACAU